GUCGUUGACAAAACAACAAAAAUCUUUACGCGAAUCUGACUUCAAAUUGAAAUUAUAUUUUAAACAAAAUGGUUGUUCUGCAUGUAAAACGCGGUGAUGAUAAUCUUUUUCUGUAUGAAACGAGUGUAAAAUCUUCAACGGAUUCGGUAAUUCGUGAGCUUGUUUCUGUGUUCAAUGGACGCCUGAAAAUUCAGCGUUUGUGCAUGGAAAUUGAGGAAUUGGCGGAACAUGGCACCAUGUUGCCGCAUGAAAUGAUUGGCCUCAACGACGAUCAGAUCGAGGAGCUGAAGCUGAAGGAUACAUUUGCCGACAGGUGUGUGCCCAUGGGUGGAUUCAGCUUCAACAAGGAUCCCCUUCUCCGUCGGAACGGCCAACAGCCGAAUGAGGCAAUGCGUAAGGUGUUGGCCAAUGCCAUGAACGAUGCCAAGGCCAUGAUUGAUAAGAAACUAGUCAAGUCUUCCAAGCCACUUACCCUGAAGAUUGUCGAGGAGGCUCUUAACAUCCUACGCGGCGCCGUGACAAUUGUUUAUCCCAUGAAAUUGCCGCCACAUGAUACCAUUCAAAUGGAGUUUGCCAAUAUGGAGGAUCUGACCGGUACUCAGGCCUCCAAAGAGGUCAUUGAACCCUCGAAGGCACAGUUGUGGUUUGCCGGUCGUCAAGUUUUGCCCGGCAAACAACUGAGCGAGUAUUUGGGACAAAAUGACAAAACCAAGGUUGUAGUUAAGCUUAAUCAACUGGGCGAAGGUCCGCCAGCUCGGGAACAGGUGAUGACCGAGCAAUUUCGUCGCCAAAUGAUGGCAGCUGAAUUUAAACGUCAGGAGGAGCUGAAGUAUAACUAGUGGUUUCUCUGGCACAUCACACUUGACUGCCUUCUCGUCCUCGUCAUCCACAAAAUGCUGUUCACUUGUUCCCGAAUCUCCAGUCGGACUCAACGGUAUGAGGGACUUUGUGCUGCCCACCAUUUCAUGGUUAUCUAGUGGAUGUCCCGGUUCAAUCGCUGGAUCCAAUCCCGAUUGAUGGUCCAAAUCCACAGCGUCAUCGUCGGUAUCGUAAAUAUUAUCGGGCUGCUUGGAGCUGGGAUUGCCAAAGACAUCAUCAUCGGAAUCAUCGCCAGCGCAAACGCAACGCAUCUUGGCAUCGUCACCCACCUGACAAAUCAGUAGGAAAUCAGCACUAUUUUCUGCAUGAAACCGCAGUUGACCUACCUUCACGGAUUUGGUAAUGACGCACAAUGAAAUGGAGGAUAUCACAAACAGCACAAUGGGCACAAUCAACGAAACGAGCAGCUCCCGAUAAACCUUAUCCAGAUCGUAGCGUGCAACCACAAAUUCCACAUUUGCAUCCUGAAAUUGAAAUUUAAAUAUACAAAUGAAACCUGA